GGCGAGCGCGACUGCGCCGCGCCCUGCGAGCCCGCGCGCCCCGACGGCGCGCUGUUCUUCUCGCAGGAGGAGACGCGGUUCGCGCGCCUCUGGAUCCUCACGUGGUCCGUGCUGUGCUGCGCCUCCACCUUCUUCACUGUCACCACCUACCUGGUGGAUACGCAGCGCUUCCGCUACCCCGAGCGCCCCAUCGUGUUCUUGUCCGGCUGCUACACCAUGGUGUCCGUGGCCUACAUCGCGGGCUUCCUGCUGCAGGAGCGCGCUGUGUGCAACGAGCGCUUCUCGGACGACGGCUACCGCACAGUGGUGCAGGGCACCAAGAAGGAGGGCUGCACGCUCCUCUUCAUGGUGCUCUACUUCUUCAGCAUGGCCAGCUCCAUCUGGUGGGUGAUCUUGUCGCUCACCUGGUUCCUGGCGGCCGGCAUGAAGUGGGGCCACGAGGCUAUCGAAGCCAACUCGCAGUACUUCCACCUGGCGGCCUGGGCCGUGCCGGCCGUCAAGACCGUGGCCAUCCUGGCGCUGGGCCAGGUGGACGGUGACUUGCUGAGCGGCGUGUGCUUUGUGGGGCUACACAGCCUGGACCCCCUGCGCGGCUUCGUGCUGGCGCCGCUCUUCGUGUACCUGUUCGUGGGCACGUCCUUCCUGCUGGCCGGCUUCGUGUCGCUCUUCCGCAUCCGCACCGUCAUGAAGCACGACGGCACGAAGACCGAGAAGCUGGAGCGCCUCAUGGUGCGCAUCGGCGUCUUCUCUGUGCUCUACACGGUGCCGGCCACCAUCGUGCUGGCCUGCUACUUCUACGAGCAGGCCUUCCGCGAGCGCUGGGAGCGCUCCUGGGUCAGCCAGCACUGCCACAUGUACAGUGUGAAGACUACAGGCUUGCUGUUGACUCUUCCGUAA